CCCCCCAAACCGCCAACAUGGAGUUCAUGGCCGCCCUCCGCUCGACCUUCGACGAUGCCAAACCUUCCCUCUUCGAACUCCUCUCCGAAGCCCAACUCGCCGGCCUCCUCCCACCCUCCCUGCGUUACCUCCUCUCCGUCGCAACCCACCGACAUCCGCGCUACCUCCUACGCGUCCUCAACUCCUUCGAUGAACUCUACGCCCUCCUCAUGCUCCUCGUAGAACGGCACUAUCUCAAAACCCACAGCGGCGGCUUCACAGAAAACUUCUACGGCCUCAAACGCGAAAAAGCAUUAUCCGUUGGCGAGAUCCCACGCGCAAGCAUCGCAGCGCCGUCCCACGUCCGCGAAGCCCUCACACUCACAUCGACCGACGUAUGGAAGAAUUUAGCGGUGAUGGUAGGCCUGCCAUACCUAAAGCGCAAGCUGGACGAGAGUUACGAUAUCAAUGCGCCGCGGGCGCUGCUGGGAGCGAAUUACACGCGCAUGCCGACGAACCCGACCCUCAAGCAGAGAUUCAUGCACUAUUAUCGCUGGUUCCUAAGGAAUGUGUACCCGAGUGUUAACGCGGCAUAUUAUUUCUCGAUGCUGGCGUUUAAUGUGGCGUAUUUGUUUGAUAAUAGCAAGUAUCAUUCGCCGUUCAUGUGGUUGAUUGGAACGAGGAUGAGGAGGUUGGGAGAGGCGGAUUAUAGGGCUAUUGCUGCAUUGGGGGAGACGAAGGGAGGGGCUGCUGGGAGUAACUUGGGAGUUACAAGCAUAAUGAAUCCGAGGGUCUUUGGAAGCAGGGUGUUGGGGAGUUUGAAGAUCUUGCUACCGACAAGUAUAUUUGCGUUGAAGUUUUUAGAGUGGUGGCAUGCGUCGGACUUUGCAAGGCAAUUAUCGAGGAAAGCUGCAGAGGGGAUUGAAUUGCCACCGCCAAUUAUAUCAGGACUCUCGACCUUGACGAUCAAGUUCGGUCCUGUGGCACAAAAGAAGGGAACAUUAUCCACAGAAGAGAAGCCGAAGGAAGAGAGUACAGAAAUUGAAAACCCGCCAAUAGCAGCGCUAUCACUGCUCCCCAUAUUUACAGUUCCUCCGCCGCAGGAUUCGGACUUAUGUCCCAUUUGCCAGCAAGAGAUUACAACGGCAACAGCUUGCCAAACCGGAUUCGUUUUCUGCUAUACAUGUAUACAUAGGUGGUUAGAAGGGAACCAUGAUAAACAAGAGGAAUUCAUGAAAGAUAAGGAGGGGAAGUGGGAAAGUGGGAAAGGUCGCUGUGCCGUAACUGGGAGGAGGGUGUUAGGUGGCACGGAGGGGCUAAGGAGGGUUAUGGUAUAACCAAAAUAUAUCACUAAUGAUGAAAUAACGAAAUAUGUGCCAAAUUUAGAGGAUAGGGGAAAGUGCCAUGGAAAGUCCCCUUGUCCAGGGCGUGUUGAAACAGAAGAACCGUCCCAUGCUACGCCACUGAAGAGGCGAGCACUUGUCUAACAUUGUAUCUUACCAUACAUUCGAUAAACAUUUAAGACCCCUCAAACACCUGAUGGCCAUCCUCGUCUCCCGUUCUCGACCACCAACUAUUUCCAGUCGACCAUGAACCCAAUGACGAACACUCAAUUCCCCAAGGCCAACAGCUCGCCCUUUGAUUUCACAGCCAAUGCCCCGAAUAGCGCAGAAACUUCCGCGAUGGCCGCACCGAAGGAUGCC